GAGGGUGGGGACAAACAGCUGGUAAGUGAUGCCGUGAUCCGACCGCCGAGCGGGCUGUUUUUCACACCGAUUACCGCCUUUCCCGGAGCCACUACAGGAAAUGACCGAGAGGCCUUACAGAUAGUUUGUGCUUUUGUUGCUGCGGUGGCGUUUGCAGAGAGAGAGAGAGAGAGAGAGACCCCCUAUCUGGAAGCACAUUUGUUUCCGCUGUGAGUAUUAACUACCUCAGACACUGGAAACCGAUCAAAAAGGCGUCCGGCGAUCUCUGUCUGUUCCUGCAGCUCACACACAGACCAGACCCUCUGACCGACUGGAUCCGUCAGAGCGGCACAGGCCACGUCACCCCGUAGCUCACACCACUGCUUUUCCUCAUCGCUAAAUCCACAGAGUUUUACAAUUAUUAUUUUUCUUCUAUUUUUGUUAGAGGAAAGAGUUCGGAUAGAAGGAUUUUCACUCGCGUUUUUUGAAGGAUCGAUCAUGCACUUUGGAUUUUCACCCAGGAUUGAAGCUAAGUGUGGCUCCUGCUAAGCGCUUCUAAGAGGAGACGCUAACUGGGAUAUAAACGCUGUGUUGCAGCUGGUCUGCAAAACUCUCCAUCUCUCAGGAGCGGAUCCUGUCAUGACUUCCCCUCGGAUGGGAUCUUUAAGCUGUCUAUUUACUUGAUUCCAGGAGAGCAGAAUUAGACAUCGAGAGCGUGUGCGCAUUGAAAGGUGUCCGCUUGGUGAGGACCGACACUUCUUGGGCUCAUUGAAUACUUAUGUAUUGUUGCAGUGCACAGGAAAGUAAAAUGGACUACAAGCUGCGCUUUUUGCUUGGCGGGUCCAAGCACAAAGUGCAGCAGCACCAGCAGUUCCAGUUACCCGAGCUCAGCCGGACCCUCAGCGCCCCGUUGGGCUCUUCUUGCUCCACCCCAUCUCCAAUGGUGUCCAUAGGCUCCUCCCCUUCUGGCUGCCAUGCCCCCCCUGGCACCACUACAGCGAUUGCGGACACGCAGGGCAUCUCCAAAUACCUGGACGCACUGAACGCGUUCUGCCGUGCGAGCGCCUUCCUGACGGAGCUCUUUGGCAGCGUUUUCCGGGACUCCCGUUACUCCAAAGCAGCUAUGCAACUGAAGGACGUGCAGGAACAUGUCAUGGAAACGACCAGUCGGCUCACCACAGCAAUAAAGCCAGAGAUCGGCAAAAUGCUGAUGGAGCUCAGCGCAGGCGCGGCUAACUUCAAAGACCAGAAUGACUUCAGCCUGCAGGACGUGGAGGUGCUCGGUCGCUGCUUCCUGACGGUGAUGCAGGUUCAUUUCCAGUUCCUGUCACAGGCGCUGCAGAAGGUGCAGCCAGUGGCUCAGUCCUGCCUGGCAGAGGCGCUGGCACAGGUUCAGGAGAGACGUGGGAAUGCCCACAUGCAGAACCACCUGAGCGAGCUGGAGGAGGCCAUCAGAUCAUGGAGAGGAGCCGCUGAGGUAGCAGAGCAGCACAAGACACCUAUCAUGCCCCUUUUUGUCUCUACAGUGUUGGACGGCGUGUCUCAGGAGAGAGGUAGAGAUGGUUGUCUGUCUGGUAUUCAGGUACAGCAGCUCUUCUGCUCUCAGAACACCUCCAUACCUGAACCACUCAAAGAGCUCAACGCCAAGAUCGACAAUGCUCUUCAGGCGUAUAAAGUGGCGUUGGACUCGUUGGGUCACAGUGAAUAUGCUCUGAAGGCCGGAUUUCACCUUAAUCCCAAAUCAGUGGAAGCAGCUUUGCAGGGCUGCUGUAGUGACGCUGAAGCCCAGCAGGCCGGACGCUUUCACACCACAUCUCAGCCCAUCCAGUGUGAAUUACCCACAAUCCCAGUGCAGAUCGGCUCUCAUCUCCUCAGAGGAGUUUCCUUUAAUGAAAGUGCAUCAGACAACCUCAAGCUUAAAACGCAUGCUGUGGUGCAGCUGAUUAAGGAUGCUGUGGAUCAGAACGGUGUGUCGGUGCGAGAGGAUCUGCCCAUCACUGAGGUGCUGAAUCAGGUGUGUCCCUCCAGCUGGAGAGGAGCCUGUAAAACAGCCGUUCAGCUGCUGUUCGGACAGGCCGGAUUGGUUGUGGUCGACACUGCUCAGAUUGAGAAUAAGGAAGCUUAUGCCCCUCAGAUUUGUCUUGAAGGAUCCAAGGUUGUGAUCCAGGUUCCUUCUACAUGGUGUCUGAAGGAGGAUCCGGCCACCAUGUCUCUGCUGCAGCGCAGUCUGGAUCCGGAGAAGACUCUGGGUCUGGUGGAUGUGCUCUACACGGCUGUGUUUGACCUCCAGCGCUGGAAAGAGCGCAAGGAACAGACUCUUCCCACCAUUCAGAUCCAGCUCCAGCGGGACACAUCUGAUUACGGCAGUCCCGUAGAUCUUCCUCCUGGAAACAGCACCAAAUCCUCCGGCGGCCUCCCGAAAACCAUUUCCAAACUCACCUCCCGCUUCACCAAGAAAACUAACUCAUCUAACUCCAGUGCGGGGGGCAGUUUCUCCAUCCCCAGCACCCCUUCCCGCAGCAGCAGCAGUGGAGGGUCGGAUGAUAAAGCAGGACGUCUGCACAGCCUCCUGCAGAUGAGCAGCAUGAACACCGCAGACCCGCAGAUUUCCAACGGUGCCGCCUCUGAUGAACAGGGCAUGAAUCUGCCCACCGAUCAGGAGAUGCAGGAUGUCAUAGACUUCCUCUCGGGAUUCAACAUGGGCAAAUCCCAGCAGGCGUCUCCGCUGGUCAAGAGACGAAAUUCUGUGGCUUCCACAAACGCAGCCGAUCUGAAACCGCCGCCAUCCUCGCAGGCCCAUAAUGCUGUGCAGACGCUGACUCAAACCUUACAGCAAACACAACAACAGCAACAGCAGCAGCAGCAGCUUCCUUCAACACCAAAACAACAGCCGCCGCAGCCGAACUCUCAGUCUCUGCCAUUUUACCAGCAUCUCCUGCAGCCGAUUGGUCAAUCUCAGCCGCAGCCGGCUCCGGUGUCUCCCCAGCAGCCUCCGCCGCAACCCAGAGCUGCCCCCAGUAAGUGGCCCCAGGGCCCGAUGGCAGGCCUGUCUCCGAUCGGGCCCCUGCCGCAGUGGCCGGCGCCAGGUUUGCCGGACCUGAGCUCUGACCUGUACAGCCUGGGGCUGGUCAGCUCUUAUAUGGACAGCAUGAUGUCGGAGAUGCUGGGACACAAGCCUCCACAGGGGCCACGCAACAACACCUGGCCUAACCGAGAGCAGAGCGAGCAGAGCUUAUUUGGGGUGCUGGGAGACUCCAUGCCCUUUGACCCCGCAGUGGGCUCGGAUCCAGAGUUUGCGCGAUAUGUAGCAGGGGUUAAUCAGGCCAUGCAGCAGAAACGGCAGGCUCAACAUGUUCGGCGGCCCAGCAACAGUCGCAGUAACUGGCCUCAUCCAGACGAGCAGCACCGGGGCUGGACUCACCCCGAAUACUACAGCGAAGGGGAGGCGGUCAACAGCGGCUGGUCAGCCAAUCAGGGGGAUUCGGCCAGCUCCAGUGACGAGACCUCCUCAGCCAAUGGGGACAGCCUGUUCUCCAUGUUCUCUGGGCCGGACCUGGUGGCGGCUGUUAAACAGAGACGGAAACACAGCUGUGGUGAACAGGAAGUUUGCACUCUGCCCUCUCCUCCACUCCACCACACCAGUGACGACAGCAGCCAGGACAGCAAAACUAAAACCUGGCCUCCUAAAGCCCCGUGGCAGCACUCCUCCCACACCAACACCAUGCCCAAUCCCAGCUCUUCCCUCUACCAGAUGACCAUCCCCUCCAGCCAAUGGGGCGACUCCAUGCAAAUGCUGCAGUCUCCAGUGUGGUCGACAGCCAAUGACUGCCCUCCAUCCUCCGGCUUUCCUUUCACACAACAACAGCAACAACAGCAGCAGCAGGUUUCCCAGCACAAGAUCCUGAGCAAAGGCUUCAAAACCUUCCCUCUGAAACCUGAACACCGACCAUCAUACCUGCACCAGUACUGAGCUGGACCCGUGCUGGACGUCCACCCCAGGUCAGCGUUUAUAAAGCGUCACGCUGGCAGCAGAUCAUAUUUUAUUACCAAAUCACUAGCUGAGACUGAUCAUCGUGUGGUGAAGUGUGCUGUUAAAAACCCACGUCAACCUGGUCUAGUGCGUUUUUAUAAGGGGAUUUUGCAUUUAACAUUGCGGUUAAUAACAUGAUGUUUUGUUUUGUAUCCAAACAGAAGCGCAACUGCCUUUCACGCUGUCCAAACCAUGCAUGAUUCCUGACGUACAGCAGAUGCAAUGCAAAAUAUGCUUUUCUUUAGAUUUUUUUGUCAUGUUUCUAGUCUUAAUAUCUAAAUAUUCUUAAAUCAAGAAGCAUUUUCUAGACAAGCAAAACA